GCAACCCUGACUUGGGAAAGCUGGAAUUGCGCAGCAGAGAGCCCUGGCAAGAGAAGCCAGCAACCUCUGGGGCUCUCCCCUCCGUGCGGCACGGCGGCCUCGCUGGGGUUGCGUGCUUAAGCCGUCUUCAAUGGACGCCGGGCAGGAGCUGGAGAAGAGCAGCUGUUGUCCCCCUGCGGAGCGAGGAGGUGACCCGAUGGACAGUGGGGCAUGGAGUUGAACCGGCUGCUGGUCUUCGUUGUAUUCCUGUUCCAGAUGAGACUCUCCGGGAUGUGGCCCACGGAGCUUGUAUGUGACAGGCGACUGAUUCAGAAAUACGUGGCUGAAGCUGUGGACAUGGAGGAAACGUUGAGCCAAUGUGAAGAAUUUCCUUUGCUCCUGGAACCCGUGCAUUUACCCUUGGUGGGGUUGAACCUCAGGGUGUGGAAAACAAAGACGAACGAAGUCAAGGCGCAGGAAAUCCUCCAAGCGUUGAUCCAACUGAUGGAUGGCGUAGCGGUGGCCCAGCGAUCGACGAACGAGACCUGCAUCCUGGUACGUCUUCAGCAGCUUUAUGAGAAAGCCAACUUCUUCCUUCAGCACUUAAGGAGCUUCCAAGGGCAGGAACAAAGUAUCACGGCACAGCCAGAAAACGUCCCCAAACUGAUUUCGACAAGAAACCUUAGGACAGUCUUCUGGACCUACGUGCAGCUUUUGCAAGGAAAGUUGAACUUCCUGUUCUAUGACCUCCGGGAAAACUCCUGUGCUGAGGAGGACCAUCCGCCUGGGGUUGCCCUUCCUCCAUAGCACCUUGGCCACAUCAAGCGGGCAUUGAGUAACCCUGCAGGUGGGCUGGCAAGAGACAUCGACCAAUGCAGCUAUUGGAGGAGAAAAGCCACCUGGACGCUGGGGUGGAAGAACAGGGCUGACCAAGCCCUCAGAAUUGUGGGAGGGGGAGGGCUGAUGGUAAAAGGUGGGGGAGAAAAAGAAGAGGGUGUGUGUGUUGUGUUAACCCUGGAGAUCCCAAUUCUCUGCAUUUAGUACCAACUUGCUUCAACUGCCUGCAAAAAAAACCCAAACCAAACUCGAGGCUUACGGAGUUGGGCAAGUCUGCCUCUCCCCCCUAAAAAGGUUUUGGCAUCUUUCUCCUCUAACCCGGUCGAUGUCCUCAUGGAAUAAGCACCUCCAAUGAACUCUACGGAAACUCAGUGGAAAAGAUGAGGGCAUUCAGACCAUCUUGCUCGAACAAUUCUGGGCCAUCUGAGUCGGAAUCAGCGGAGCAACCUCAUUGCUCCCCCAUAACGUUAUCUUGUGCAAACCAACUUCUUCGUCAUGAAGGUGGUUAUCUUAUUAAUUAGUCAUUAAGGACGAAGAUAUUCUGGGCUUUGCAACAGAGGCUCUACAAGGGCCCCUUAAUUAUUACUAUUUUUUGCAGCCGUGACCUAGGAUUUAAGCAUUUCUCAGUGCAAGGGUCAGCAACUUGCGGCUCUGGAGCCGCAUGUGGCUCUUUCAUCCUUCUGCUGUGGCUCCCUGUCGCCAGUCGGCUCCACAAUUGAUAGGGCUUUCGGUUAGGACAGGUAAAGGAAAACGGAUACCAUGCUAGGAAGAGACUCUAUGUUGCGGGAACUGGAUUUCCACUCGGCUUCAGAACUGAACAGAGGGACUUCCAGUUAGGACCUUGGUGGCUCCUUUGAGUGUUCCAAGGUUGCUGAGCCUUCUCUUAGUGGGCGUGUAUAUACUGGGGUUUUCUUCAAGGACCAGAAUUGAAACCUAGAGUAGGGGUCUCCAACUCCUGGCCCAGUACUGGGCCGCACAAGAGGCUGGGCAGUACAUGCACGCGCACAACCAGCGGUGGCUCAGUUCUCCCUCAUUACCCUCCCGGACCGAGAGCAUCUCCUGGCAAAUUACUACGCCCAGAUAAAUUCCAGGCCUAUUUUCCUGCCUGUGGAUUCCAUUCUAAUAAACUUGUCUUAUGAAAACCACAUCUAGGCAAUACCAUUUGGAGGGAUCGGGGGAAUUUGAGAAUCAGCAAAAUGCUUGCCUGGAUGUCCUCACUUUAUAUCAAGAAGCUGCAGGGGGAGGAGGGGGAGGAAAAGAGCAGCCGAGCAUUUUCUGAUUAAGGUAGGGCUCUCUAA